GUGGAACAAUUACAAGUAUUGAUAACGCUUCUGAAGCAGCUACACUUGGAGUUGAACUUUCUAACUUGCCUGAUGAUGGAUACAAGGAGAUCUUUAUAUCCGGAUGGACAGGUAUUGGAAUUUACACAAACCAACACACGGAUGGGAAGUGCCUUGUGAUCACAAAUUACAGAAACAAAGAUUUAAAUCCAGAAGUAUUUUAUGAUUAUUAUGAGGAUUGUUCUGGUCGCUCUGAGUUGCUUUGUGAAAUACCCCGACUCUCUACUGGAUGCCCAAGUAACGCCAAUGACUUUUUCAUUGACAAUAGUUGCUACUCGGUUGACUUUGUAUUUGAUGAGCAUGAUAGAAAUUCUAUGUGCUGCCAAAUGAAAGGGGGAACUCUCGUUCGAAUUGACUCGCAGUACGAACUUACCCAGAUUGGCAUAAAACUGAAAGAGCUUGGUAUUGAAGGAAAGGGGACGUCGGAAUUCUCUGUAGACUAUUACAAUACAACUGUAAGAGAUCCAUUAGAUGACAAAAAUUGCUUGCUGUAUACGAAUCAGAGAUACAAAUUCACAGAUAGAACUAAGUACACUUGGGCCUCAAAAUCCUGCUUAUCCAGUUCCCAACACCUAUGCGAACUACCAAAACCAGACUCGGGUUGUCCGUCCCCAAAUGGUUUCAAUAGUUUCUCAUUGGGAUCAACAUGCUAUCUGUUUAAUGCAGUUAAGGCCAAUGCUCGUAAUAUCAUCAAUGCUUGCGAAUCGUUAGGCGCCACUGUUGCUCGGAUCGAUUCUGGAGCCGAGGCAGGAUGGAUAGGUGACCAACUUGCGCAAUUUGACGAUAAUGAAGACAAAUUCAAGGAAAUAUACAUCACUGCAUGGACAGGUAUUGGUGUAUAUGAAAAUCAACUAGAUACCGGAUCGUGUCUGAUUAUAACAAACUACAGGAAUAGAAACAGUCAGCCGGGAAUCUUUUACGACUUUUCUGAGGAUUGCUCUGGGAAGUCCCAGUUGUUAUGUGAGCUACCCAUGCCGACAGCUGGUUGUCCUGACGGGUUCAACUACUUUGAAAUAGGGGAAAGCUGUUACUUAGUUGAUACAGACUUUAAUGAGCAUGACAGAAACUCCCAGUUUUGCCAACAGGCGUAUCCUGGGGGAGUUCUUCUGCAUAUUGAUGACGAAGAGGAGCUACUUGCAGUUGGCGAUGCCCUCGAGGAGUUGGGCGGAAUACUAGGCAGUGGCACUAAUGAGUUCUCUCAUGGACCAGGUUUUCCUGUUGAUCCUGCAACUAUAGUACCAUAUCUGUCAGCUCUACAAGAAGCAUCAUUACAUCCCAGUCCCCCUACAAACUGCAUGGUCUUUUCCAAUAAGAUCUACUCAAAUAUUGACAAAAGCAAAUUCAUAUGGGACAUGAAACUUUGUGAGGAUGAAGCGUUUGUUAUAUGUGAGACACCCCAAGUCGGCUUGGGAUGUCCAAGUGAUUUCUCAAACUUCAAUACGGAACAAAGUUGUUACAAUAUCAAUAAGAAUCUCAAUACGUACGCCUUAGCCACUGCACAAUGUAAGGCUUUGGGAGGCACUGUCUUAGCAAUAGACUCUCCUCAAGAAGCUGCGAUGUUGGGCGAAGAGCUCGCUGGAAACACAGAUUUGCCUGGACAAUAUACAGAAUUCUUCUUAGCAUCUUGGAAUGGAUUUGGUAAAUAUGAUAAUGAGAACAGCGACGGCUCUUGCUCCAUUUUAACAAACUAUAGAAACAAAGACACACAACCAACUAAGUUCUACACGCACAGUGAAGACUGUUCUGGAAAAGCUCAGAUGCUAUGUGAACUCGUAAAGCCCAUAUCAGGGUGCCCCGAAGACUUCGACGACAUAGUAACUGCAGACAGAUGUUAUUUAUUUGACUUCAAAUUCAACACGCAUGACAGAAACCGUAUGUUCUGUCGAAUGGCUUAUGAAAACGCCAGACUUAUUACAAUUGGUACAGAUGCUGAACGCGAACUAAUUGGGAGCAUAUUCGUCGGUGAAACUGGUACACUGUUUGAAUUUUCUCUUGGGACGGUGGAGAGAACACCUACAGAUACUACUAGUUGUAUGCUCUUUAGCAAUCAGCUCUUCUACACUAGUGCGCCGGAUAGAUUCUCUUGGAUAUUCCAGGAUUGCUUAUUUGAAGCAGAAGGUCUUUGUGAAGCUGCUAAAACCGGAAUAGAUUGUCCAAGUACCUUUGACUUGGAAACUAGUGUAGGUUGUUACAAGGUUAUGCAAGCGUCAGAUUAUUCUGGGUUUAAGCAGGAAUGUGAGAAGAUUGGUGGAAAUACUGCUGUGAUUAAUACCCCUGAAGAGGCAUCUGAACUUGGAAAUGAGCUGGCGGCAGUACCAGGGAUUUCUGACUUAAGACGAUACUAUAUUCAGACGUGGGCGGGCUAUAAAGUUUAUGAAAAUCAAAUCUCUGACUUUUCCUGUUUGAUUCUUACUAACUAUCGCUAUCAGAACACUACACCAGAAGUUUUCUACGACUUUACGGAAGACUGCUCUGGAAAAUCUGAAUUGCUAUGUGAAAUGCCAAAACCUGACAGAGGGUGUCCAACAAAAUACGAUCUGGUCAAUUUUGAGAUUGGAGACAGCUGUUACUUCCUACGUUUUGGAUACUAUGAGCAUGACAUAAACAGUAUGACAUGUGCUAUGAUUGGACCUGGUGCCUCUUUUAUUCACAUCAACAGUAAUGAAGAACUUGCAGCAGUAGGAGAUCAUCUUAAACGUCUUGGUAUAGCUUACAAAGGCCUAACGGAAUUCUCAAUCGGAUUAUACUUGGCAACACAAGAUGGCGGUGGGAUUCAAAUAGAGACAAUAAAUGCUGCCGCUGAUAAUGAAACCGAAAUUCCUGUUAUGACUACAGUACAAACUGAAGACACCAUAGCCGAAGAUACAAAAUGUAUUUGCUCCAAAGAAAAUAAUGCUAGCAAAGAAGCUAAAGGUAGUGAAGAAAGCAGUCAGGAAAGUAAAGAUAGCAGUAAGGCAAGUAAAGGCAGCAGUAGGGCAAGUAAAGCCAGCAGUAAAGGAAGUAACGUGAGCAGCAAGGAAAGUAAAGAGAUUAGUAGGGAAAGUCAAGACAGCAGUGAACAAAGUAAAGUGAGCAGUAAAGAAAGUAAAGAUAGCAGUAAGGCAAGUAAAGGCAGCAGUAGGGCAAGUAAAGCCAGUAGUAAAGAAAGUAAAGGGAGUAGUACGGAAAGUAACGGAAGCAGAAGUAGUAAAGAAAGAAGUGAGAGUAAUGCAUCAACUAGUGUCAAAUCAAGUAAGGAAAGUGGGGCCAAGGGAAGGCGAAGGAAGAGGAUGACGUCAUCCAGCAAUGGAAGCAACGAAUCGGGCAGCAAUUCUUCGGAUGGGUGUGUCUGCCCUAGAACUGAUGCAGAUAGCAAGAACAGUGAAGAAAGUAAAGCCAACAGUGUGGGAAGUGACGGCAGCAGUAUGGAAAGUGACAGCAGUAGUAAGGAAAGUAAAGCCAGCAGUAAAGAAAGUAAAGCCAGCAGUAAGGAGUCUAAAGAAAGUAAAGGCAGUAGCGAGGAAAGCAAAGCCGAUAGUAAAGGAAGUAAAGUGAGCUGUAAGGAAAUUGAAGCAAUCAGUAAAGAAAGCAAAGAUAGCAAUAAGGAAAGUCAAGACAGCAGUGAGGAAAGUCAAGUGAGCAGUAAAGAAAG